AUGCCCCUGGUUUUAGCAACCACGGCUCUGCAAGGCGGCGGGAUGUGGCUGGGCGGUUUCGCAAUCGCAAAGAGCGGCAAAGCUGGUGAAGGAGCUCUGGCUACUGUAGUAAGGUCAGAAGGCUUCACUCACAGUGGCAAAGGGACCUUCCCGUGUGGGCAUUGCUGCCUCUGCAACAUUGACUCAGAGCACAGCAAAAUGAAUGGCGACCCUUUCCAGGAAUCUAGGUAUAUUGAAGAGUCCUCAAAUAAAAAUGGUGUGAUUUCUUUGAUUUUUUCUCUGAAAGAAGAAGUUGGAGCAUUGGCUAAAGUGCUGCGUACAUUUGAGGAAAAAGGUAUAAACCUGACCCACAUUGAGUCCCGACCUUCCCGUCUCAACAAAGAUGAGUAUGAAUUCUUCAUUAACUUGGAAGGCAAGAGUGUCCCAGCACUGGAUAAGAUCAUCAAGUCCUUGAGAACUGAUAUUGGAGCAACAGUCCAUGAGCUUUCACGAACAAAGAAGAAGGACACUGUGCCAUGGUUUCCAAGAAGUAUCGAGGAGCUGGACAGGUUUGCCAAUCAGAUCCUAAGUUAUGGAGCAGAACUGGAUGCUGAUCAUCCUGGGUUCAAAGAUCCUGUGUAUCGAGCUCGGAGGAAGGAAUUCGCAGAUAUUGCCUACAACUACAGACAUGGCCAACCUAUUCCUCGAGUCACCUACACAGAAGAAGAAAAGAAAACAUGGGGUACUGUCUUUAGGGAACUGAAGAGUCUCUAUCCAACUCAUGCCUGUUAUGAACACAACCACGUGUUCCCACUACUGGAGAAGUACUGUGGCUACCGGGAGGACAAUGUUCCCCAACUUGAAGAUAUUUCAAAAUUCUUGCAGAGCUGCACUGGAUUUCGCCUGCGUCCUGUUGCAGGCUUGCUCUCCUCUCGGGAUUUCUUGGCUGGGCUGGCAUUCCGAGUAUUCCACUCUACGCAGUAUAUUCGCCAUGCAUCCAAACCCAUGUACACACCAGAGCCUGAUAUUUGUCAUGAGCUACUAGGACAUGUACCUCUUUUUGCUGAUCCCAGUUUUGCUCAAUUUUCCCAGGAAAUUGGACUGGCAUCUCUGGGAGCUCCAGAUGAUUUCAUCGAGAAACUUGCUACGGUGUAUUGGUUUACGGUGGAGUUUGGACUGUGUAAGGAAGGUGAUUCACUGAAGGCAUAUGGCGCAGGGCUGCUGUCUUCAUUUGGAGAGCUGCAGUAUUGUUUAUCAAGUGAGCCUGAGAUUCAGCCUCUUGUCCUGGAGAAGACUUCUGUGCAGAAGUAUCCUGUUACAGAGUUCCAGCCUGUCUACUAUGUUGCUGAAAGUUUUAAAGAUGCAAAAGAAAAGCUAAGGAAAUUUGCUCAAACGAUUCCUCGUCCUUUCUCUGUUCGGUACAAUCCCUACACCCAGAGGAUUGAAGUCUUGGACAGCUCAAAGCAGCUGAAGAACUUAGCUGACACUAUCAAUAGUGAGAUGGGAAUCCUUUGCAAUGCCCUCCAGAAGAUAAAAUGA